GAACAUAUCAACGCAACCUCGGAAGAAGAAGGGCAGUGUGCCUUUAUUUGGACAACGCUCUGUGCACAAAUCAAUGAGUCAAAAUACAGAGUCGCAGAUGUUGGUGGCGUUGCCUGCCGAUUAUAUUCCAGAAGCGUCUAGAAGAUGCAAAAUCAUCGUUGUUGGGGCCAAAAAUGCAGGAAAAUCGACUUUUAUUGAACGUGUAGAAUUUGGAAAGUUUCAUGAAGAGAAACAGACGGAAAAGUUGUAUCGUGUUAUUGCAAAAAAGGUGUUUGAACAAACAUUGACCGUGGAACUGAUAGAGAAAGAUCUUGGUGGCUUAACGAAUGAAGAUAAUGGAUUCAAAAAGACUGAAAUGAGAGACGUGGAUGCAGUUUUAUUAUUUUACGCGGCUGAUGACCUGGAAUCUUUUAAGCAGCUCAAGGAGAACCUGGUACAUGUUCAGAGGAAGAUCCCACCCAACGCAAAUAUCACAGUAGUCGGAACAAAAGCUGACGUCAAAGAGAUGCAGGUGCAGUGGCAGGAAGUUGAUAGUUUUGCUGAGAAUCAGGGUUUUUCUUGUUUUGAGACAAGCUCAAAAACUGGGGUGAACGUGGAAAUAAUACUGCAUGACAUUCUGGAGACCAUUUUUGAACGUAGAUUUGCAAGUGAUGAUGAUGAAGUUUUGAGCAAUCAACCUGUCUACGCCUCCACGGUUCUAACGAGCAGGCAAGAAGAACCACCACGUGUUAAUGGGUACUGCUGGAUGCCGAAUAUUCCAAUAUUUUCGUUUUUUCGCAGUAAUGAAUAAUCCCUCUAUGUUCAACAUUUUUCAGCUGCUGCUUUUUAUCGCUAGGAAAGAAUAACUAAUUUUUCAAAUAUUUUUUAAACUUCUCGCCGAACAAAUAACAUGCAUCAAAUUAUCGUUUUUAAUAGUGCUCUUGGGAUUUUUGCUCUGUUUUUUGACACUUUUUUUUCUGGAAAACAAACCAAGAUUCUCAAUUGCAAAAAAAUUGUAUUUUCUUUUUUUGAAUUUAUUGCCUUUCACUGUCUGGUUUUGUUUGUAUAUUGGAAUCUUUUUUGCAAAAUGAAAUAUAUUGUGGCUUUUUG